UUGAACAACAUCCCCUUUUGAACAAACAGAGCAAAUAUUGUUCACUUUGUCUUGUUUUGCCCUUCCAACUCUCUAUUUACCUCUGAAGCCUUGGCUGCCUUUUUAACUCUCUCUCUAUGCUCCGAAACCUCAACUCCGCCUUGUCGUCUUCCAUGAUGGAAGCAUUUUUUCUUUUUUCUUUGUUCAGACAAAUGGUCGCUAAUGAAGCUGUGAUGAAAACUCAGUUCCCUUUCGAGUGAAAACUGCAAAACGAAAAAAAAAAAAAAAAGGAAGUAAAAAUCCUCAAUCCUUUUGUCCAAGCCCUGUAUAUGCAAAUGGAUUCAUUCAAUUUCUACAGCAUCAAAGCUGAGAAGGCAAACGCGUUGAUGCUAAGGCAUCGCCAGCUUCAAAAGAUCGCAAACCUUUGCCGGGUAAUCGAGGUAUGUGUUGUUCUUGUCUUGAUUUCUAGUCUUUCCAUGCAACUCCCACUUGCUGUCAACAACUCCACCGGGUAUUUCCGUGAUGUGAAACUCGUCUUGGUGAGCCCUCGCUUCGUGUUUUUCGUCGGAAAUGUUAUCAUUAUCACCCUUUUCGCUAAGUCCGGUCAGUUUUCAGCUCGAGAUUCUACAACAAAGACUUCAGGAUUUGAUCUUUAUGAGGAGUUCAUCAAGAACAGUGAAAAGAUCAAUCGGAAGGUUCACCCAGACGAGACCCCAAAACUUGACGAGCAUAUCAAUAUUUCUGAUGAGAGUGCAGUCACGGAUUACCGGACGGUACUUGAGAGUUACUCGCAGUAUUCAAAUGGCGGGACGUCGUGCGAGAAAACAAGCCGAGAUCAGGGCCAGGAGAAAGAAAAAUGCAUAAAGAAUACUGCUCGUUGUUGUGAGAGGUUGGCGAAAAGUUCAUGUCCCGAAGAUGAAAUUAGCAGCGAGGAGUUCCAGCGAAAGGUUGAGGCUUUCAUUGCCUGCUGGCAUCAAAGGCUUCGAAGGGAAGAAGAGUACCCUGUCACUGUGCUCUAGAAUUAGUUUCUCAAAGAG